AUGACAGAGGCCAAGGGCGGCCUCUCCCGGGAGCAGAAAAUCAACCUGCGGACAGAGGCCAAGGCGCCCUUCCGCUUCGCGCGCACGUUUAUCUUCGGCGGCCUGGCGGGCGGCGCCGGCUUGGGGCUGAUAGUGAUCAUCGGGCGCCUAGUGCAGUCGCUGAGGGGCGGCCCCGACGCCCCCCCGUUGACCGAGUCGUUGACCAACCUCGGGGUCAACUCGGCAGCGCUCGCGAUCCUGGUGUUCCUGCUGGUGCGCGAUCUGCGCGGGAAGGAAGCUGACGAGAAGGUGACGUCGCGGGAGGAGGCGCUCAGCAGGCUGCUGGUCAAGCUGGGCCCCGAGCGCGCCCUGCCGCUCAUCCGUUUCCGCGGUGUAGUGCGUCCCGUCAUCGUGGCAGGGGACAGGUCUUUCGUGGAGCGGUCAGUCAAGGCGGCAGAGCCCUACCAGGCCACCCUCAGGGCGCGCGGCGUCUCAGUGGUCCCUGUGGUGUACACUGACGACCCCAAUGCAAAGCUCAAGGCGCUGAAGAAGGAGCUGCAGCAGAAGUCGUCCAAUGUCAAGGGCUUCGGCAAGGGCGGCGGCGGCGGCGACGAGGGCGCCGCGGGCGAGCUGCCUGAGGGUGCGGGCAUUGGCAACAGCGAGAGCCUCACGGAAGAGGACCGCAAGUGGCGGCUGGAGCCGGGGGCCGUCGCGGAGUGGGAGCAAUGGAUUGAGGAGCAGAAGGAGUUUGCAGGGAUGGAGCGCGUGAAGCGCAAUGUGUGGGUGCAGAUCCAGCUCGACGGCACCGUCCGCGCCAGCGACGUCGGCACGCCCCCCUGGGCGCGCAUCGUGGCGGACCUGCCGCCCCUCGACUCGUUCAAAACCAAGGUGACAGACGGCAUCGGGCCGUCGGUGUGA